AUGUCAACUGCAUCCUCACCGAAGAAGAUUAUCACCCUGAGAUCCUCCGACGGAGAGACGUUCCAGAUCGAGGAGUCAGCGGCGUGCGUAUCUCAGACGAUUAAACACAUGAUCGAGGACGACUGCGCCGACAACGUCAUCCCGCUUCCCAACGUCACGGGCCCAACUCUGGCCAGGGUCGUCACCUAUCUCAACCGCCACGGCCGAGACCCCGCCGCCGGACCAUCGUCCAAGGAGGAAGAAGAAGAUCUGAAAUCGUUCGACGCUGACUUCGGGAAUGUCGACCAGGCGAUUCUGUAUGACCUGAUGUUGGCCGGAAAUUAUUUGAGUAUCAACGGGUUGAUCGAACUGGUUGCCCAGAAAGUGGUAGACAUGAUCCACGGGAAGAGUCCGGAGCAAAUCCGGCAGUUAUUUGGCAUCAAGAACGAUUUCACUCCUGAAGUAGAGGCAGAGGUUCGGAGAGAAAAUGCCUGGGCUUAUGAAGAUCCUGAAGUACCUGGAGAAACUUCUGGCUAG